UAUACCAUAGGCAAUGCACCAGUGGGUGUAACGUCCUCAAAUUGAAGAAAAUGAAGUUGAAAAUGAAGCUAACCUAUAUAAACAGUAUUUUAUAAGCAAUUUCCAGUGUUAUGAAUAUUCGACAUGAAUACCAUAAUACCUGCAAUGAAUGCUAAAAUAUUGGGGAGACAAAUUCAAGCUUUGGCUAGAAUUGGUGACGAACUUUUUAUAGAGGCUAGACCAGAAAAACUGACAUUUAUCACAUAUAAUCAAUGCAAAACGAUAUGCGGUCAGUUCGAUCUUUUGGAAAGUUUCUUCUCCCAAUAUGACAUAAAUCUAGAAAACCCUAAAGAUCAGGACACAUCUGUUUUAUGUAAAAUUCACAUGAAAACUCUGCUACCAGUUUUCAAAGGAACGAAUUAUGAAAAGAAGUUGGACUACAUGAAAAUGGAAUAUGUUAAUAAUAGUGAUCUUAUGGUUUUCAAAAUGAAAUAUAAGUGUGAUGAUAUUGUAUUGGUACAUAAGCUCACCCUUAUGGAACCCGAGAUUUUUCAGCUUAAAAAGAAAACAGAUAGCAGCAACAAUAGUGUCUGCGCACCGAGUAGUUUUUAUAAUCAACUUUUGGCUAUGUUCAGUAGCUCUGAUGAUGAUAUAACAUUAGAAGUUAAUAAAAACAAGGUCAUUGUUAGAAACUAUUGCUUAGGAGCACCAGUUAAGCCCAAAUCAGUUAGAAGUCAGAUUAAUCUAAAUGGUUCAGAAUUUUCACUGUUUAAAAUACAAACUGAAACGACUGUCAACUUUUCUUUAAAACCCUUUCGUAGUGCUGUCCAAUUUGCAGAUGCGUUUAAUUUAAAUCUAGGAAUUAAUUUCGAUAGAGGCGGCAGGCCAUUAACAAUCUUCAUCACAAAUCCAACAUUCCAAAUGGAAUUUGUAGUGUCCACCCUUGAUCCUACUACUGAAGCACAGUCAACAAUGACAACAAGCUCAUUAGCUACCAAAAUAACCCAGGUCAGUACAAAUGGUUUGCAUAAUAUCACAUGUGAGGACUUGGAAGCAAUCGCUAAUGAGGAUUGGGAAGAGUUCAAUAUGGAAUUGGAGAGUAACAAAAAAACCAAUCCAAAUUCAUGCAAGUCAAGCGAAUUUUCUGAUUUGUUAAAGGAAGUUAGUAAAAAGGUUGACAACUUCAGUGAUUCAAAUUUAUCAGAAAAUAAAAAAAUGAAGACAAAUAAAAAAAUUAAUAUUUUAAAUAGUGCAGUGAUAAAUAGUGUGAACUUGGACAUUGUACCCAGAAGUCCGGAAUCUCCGAGAACUAAAAGAGCUAGAUUAUUGUUUAAAAGGUCUUAUGAUCCCACAUUUCAUCCAAAUAUGUUUGAUGAUGUUUUAGUGGGAAACAGUGACUCAGAAUAAAAAUAUUGUGAUAAAGAAUAAAAAAGAUCAAAGCAGUCCCCAGUCAUAUAUUAUGAACCAGGGUAACAAACAAGCAUAAU